GACGGAGCAGAAACUCUCACUCUCAAUCUCAGUCAAUCCACAAUGAGGACUUCUGCUCUCCUGGGAUACUUGACCCUCAGUGUGGUCUGGACUGCGACUUUGGCCUGGAAACCGGCCACAGAACUCACCUUUCUGUUACCCGCCGGCAGGGAAGAGUGUUUCUACCAACCGACCAGGAGCAACAACAUCAUCGAAGUCGCAUAUCGAGUGAUCGCUGGAUCAGGUCUGGAUGUCGGAUUUGGCUUCUUCUCUCCCAGUGGCUCCAAACUGGCGUCCGACUUCAGGGCGACCGACAACUAUCAUGUACUGGACCACGCCGAGGAUGGCGACUACCGCUUUUGCUUCGACAACAGCUUCAGCAAGUUUUCAGAGAAGAUGGUCUUCUUCAGGGUGAGUGUCAUCGACAAGAGCGGAGCCGAGGAUGACGGGUGGAUGGACGGGGUCAUGGAGGAGAACAUGGUGGGCUACGAGCUGGAGAGCAUCAGGGCAACUUUGGACGCCACCCACUGGAACAUGGAGAGGAGUCACCAGGCGCUGAUCCAUCUCCGGUCCUUUGAGAAGAUGGACCUGAGCCUGCUGGAGGACAAUCUGUGGCGUGUCUCCUUCUGGUCGUGUGUCAACCUGCUGGUCAUGAUGGCGGUCGCAGCCACGCAGGUCUACACGGUGCGGCAACUUUUCAGGGACACAAAGAGAGGCUGACUUUUUCAAACAUGAAGAGCUGAAACCUCACACGCUAAACCGAUGAUGGAAUCACAAUAUCUUUUCAUAGAACACAUUUUUAAUGAAUCAAA